GAAAAAUACCGAAACAUGGGGAAGGAAGUUGCUAUUUUUCACAAAUUAACAUCCAUAGGCCUUCUUCUACCAGCGGCGAUCGGUGAUCGAAACCCCAAACCCUAAUCUGAGCAAUUCGAAGAAAGAGAAAAAAUGGUUCUCGCACAGUUAUGCGGGAGCAUUUCGCGCGCUCUUCAGCAGAUGAGCAAUGCCACGAUCAUCGAUGAAAAAGUUCUGGACGAAUGUCUCAACGAAAUCAGUCACGCUCUUGUUCAAUCCGACGUUCAAAUCAAGCUCGUUCGUGACAUGCAGACCAAUAUCAAGAACACCGUCAAUCUCGCUGAUGCUCAUAGCAAACGCAGGAUCAUCCACCAGGCUUUGUUCAAUGAACUCUGCAGUAUCUUGGAUCCUGGAAAGCCCUCUUUCACUCCCAAAAAAGGAAAAGCAAGUGUUGUCAUGUUCGUUGGUUUAAAAGGAUCUGGGAAAACUACUACCUGUACAAAAUAUGCAUUUUAUCAUCAAAGGAAAGGCUGGAAGCCGGCUCUAGUAUGUGCUGAUACAUUCAGAGCUGGUGCGUUUGAUCACUUGAAGCAAAAUGCAACUAUAGCUAAGAUCCCUUUCUAUGGAAGCUAUAUGGAGUCAGAUCCUGUGAAAAUUGCCGUGGAAGGUGUGGAAAGAUUCAGGAAAGAAAACUGUGAUCUUAUAAUUGUUGAUACUAGUGGGCGGAACAAACAAGAAGCUGCUUUUUUUGAAGAAAUGUGUCAAGUUUCUGAAGCAACGAAGCCAGAUCUUGUUAUCUUUGUCAUAGAUAGCAGUAUCGGUCAGGCUGCUUUUGAUCAGGCUCAAGCAUUUAAACAGAGUGCUGCAGUUGGAGCUGUCAUUAUCACUAAAAUGGAUGGCCAUGCAAAGGGUGGUGGUGCACUUAGUGCUGUUGCGGCUACAAAGAGUCCUGUCAUAUUCAUUGGAACUGGAGAACACAUGGAUGAAUUUGAAGUUUUUGAUGUUAAACCAUUUGUCAAUCGUCUAUUAGGCAUGGGAGACUCUUCUGGGUUCGUGGACCAAAUCCAUGAAGUUGUUACUAUGGAUCAACAACCUGAACUGCCUCAAAUGCUGUCAGAAGGACACUUUACCUUGAGGGUUAUGAACGAGCAGUUUCAGAAAAUUCUCAAAAUGGAUCCCAUUGGCCAGGAAUUUUCUAUGCUGCCUGGAUUUAGUUCUAUAGUAAUGCGAAAAGCACAGCUUUACAUGACGAUGAUGGACUCAAUGACAAAUGAAGAGUUAGAUAGUUCAGAGCCACAGCUCAUGUCCGUGUCACAAAUGAUACAAAUAGCUCAAGAUUCUGGUCGACAAGUUAGGGAAGUACUGGAGAUGAUGGAAGUGUACAAAGGUAUGGCAAAGAUAAGGAGCAAAGUGAAAGAGCAUAAGACACUCGCAGAGUUAGGUGGGAGCAUUUCGCGCGCUCUUCAGCAGAUGAGCAAUGCCACAAUCAUCGAUGAAAAUGUUCUCGAUGAAUGUCUCAACAAAAUCACUAGCGCUCUUGUUCAAUCCGAUGUUCAAUACAAGCUCAUUCGUGACAUGCUAACCAAUAUCAAGAACAUCGUCAAUCUCGCUGAUGGUCAUAACAAACGCAGUAUCAUCCACCAGGCCGUGUUCAAUGAACUCUGCAAUAUCUUGGAUCCUGGAAAGCCCUCUUUCACCCUCAAAAAAGGAAAAGCAAGUGUUGUCAUGGUCGUUGGUUUACAAGGAUCUGGGAAAACUACUACCUGUACAAAAUAUGCAUUUUAUCAUCAAAGGAAAGGCUGGAGGCCGGCUCUAGUAUGUGCUGAUACAUUCAGAGCUGGUGCGUUUGAUCAGUUGAAGCAAAAUGCAACUACAGCUAAGGUCCCUUUCUAUGGAAGCUACAUGGAGUCAGAUCCUGUGAAAAUUGCCGUGGAAGGUGUGGAAAGGUUCAAGAAAGAAAACUGUGAUCUUAUAAUUGUUGAUACUAGUGGGGGGCACAAACAAGAAGCUGCUUUUUUUGAAGAAAUGCGUCAACUUUCAGAAGCAACGAAACCAGAUCUUGUUAUCAUGGUCUUGGAUAGCACUAUCGGUCAGGCUGCUUUUGAUCAGGCUCAAGCAUUUAAACAGAGUGCUGCAGUUGGCGCUGUCAUUAUCACUAAAAUGGAUGGGCAUGCAAAGGGUGGUGGUGCACUUAGUGCUGUUGCGGCUACAAAGAGUCCUGUCAUAUUCCUUGGAACUGGAGAACACAUGGAUGAAUUUGAAGCUUAUAAUGUUAAGCCAUUUGUCAGUCGUCUAUUAGGCAUGGGAGACUCUUCUUGGUUCAUGGACCAUAUCCACGAAGUUGUUCCUAUGGAUCAACAACCUGAACUGCCUCAAAUGCUGUCAGAAGGACACUUUACCUUGAGGAUUAUGUACGAGCAGUUUCAGAAUAUUCACAAAAUGGAUUACAUUGGCCAGGUUUUUUCUAAGCUACCUGGAUCUAGUUCUGAGUUAAUGGCAAAAUGGCAGCUUUACAUGACGAUAAUGGAUUCAAUGACAAAUGAAGAGUUAGAUAGUUCAGAGCCACAGCUUUACAUGACUGGGUUUCGAAUGAUGCAAAUAGCUCAAGAUUCUGGUCAAGAAGUUAGGGAAGUAAGGGAGAUGAUGAAAGUGUACAAAGGUAUGGCAAAGAUAAGGAGCAAAGUGAAAGAGCUUAAAACACAAAGCUUGAUGAAACAGAUGGGAUCGUCUUCUAUAGAUUCAUAGAGCAUCAAUAUCAGGAGCUUUUAACCGUGCCUACCCAAUUAUCUAGGACAUUGUCGGAUGCUUUUGGCUUUAAAAGACCAUCUUUAAUUUGUAAAAUAUUGCCAUGCUAGAAAACGUUCUUUACUUUUUAAUUGGAUUAAAAAGAGUGAUAUAA